AUGCCAGGCUCCCACGAUCUCAGCGUCGAAAACCUCCGCCUUCACGAACGCAUCGUCGACUCUGAAAAACAAACCAAGCACCAUGUGAUCAAAACGACAACUUCCGCUCCCACAACCGCGAAACACAGUAUCAGACCACCUCCCAAACCCUCUUCCGUGGCCAAGAAACGAGAUGGAUCUCAGACUCACUCCAAGGCAAACUCCAAGACGGGAUCAAAGCGUGAUGGAAGUGUACGCGACAAAGAAGUUUUGGUGGUUACGGUCAUUGAAGAGGAUGAAGAUGAGGAUGCUGGCAAACUGCCUCCUAAAGCUCCUUCCCUGGCUAGCAGACACAGUGGGAACAAAGCUGUUCCUGCAAAACCUGCCAAGUCAAAGGUUUCCUCCCAUCACGACAACCAUAAAAACACUUGGGAUAUCUACAAUAUCCCAGAGGGUAUCCCGCCUCCACCUAGAAACGAACAGAUGGCACUGGUCAAAGUCCCCGCACCUCCUGUUGUUGAUACAGCAAACGAGGGGAAAUUGAAGAGUAACAAGACCAAAGCUAUCGAGAGUGGAGAUGCAGAAUUCAGAGAUGUGGUCUUUGAGGAAGUGAGAGAGGUUACUAGACGCAGGUAUGUGGUCAAGAUGCCUGGAGACAAGAUCGCAGAGUGGAAGUUUUGA